GUCGUUUUCUUCCACAAAUUUUGGAUUUGUUGUGUCAUGUUUCCUGCUUGCUGCACUUGGCUUGCUGUAGUCGGUUUAAAUGCUUAAGAACUCGGCAAAGCGCUUCGUCUGUAGGUACUCGUGGCUUUGAUAUUCGUGCAAGGUUGAAUGCUUCUCGCCGUCUUCGUCAAGAUGAAAAAUAGAACGUCAGUAUGUUCGUCCACUGCUUGCUCGUCCUACUUUCCAUUUUUGUGUAUUUGCUUACCUGCUUCAACAAUGUGAUGCUCUUCGUCUGCUUCUGUUUAUCGACAAGAUAGAAGCCAUUUUUCAUUGUACCUCGAACGACACUAAAACAGGACCUCAAUUUGAUGAGCCCCAUCAAAACUAGAUUGCUCAACUGAGAUUUACUUCAUCCAAGAAAACAUUUUUACCUGAAUUAGAACUCCCCCCCAAAAAUUGUGGUCUUCAUUAGUCCAGAACAGAAUCUUCAUGCCCGAGGUGUGGUCAGCUGGCAGCUAGCACCUGUUGGCGUGGAGCGUGCCUGUAGAAGGUUGUGCAAAAGUUGUGCUCGUCGCUCCUCCGGGGGCGGUCAGUCGGAGUGAACUUGAAUUUCCAUAAAUUCGCGCACAAUAAGAAACUAAGCCAGAACCAUAAUUCCUACGAACCAGUGUAGAACAAGAGACCACAAAUAUCUCAAAAGAUGAGCACGGCCAAACCGCUUCUUACCCGCGCGAACAGCGGUUCCGGGCAAACGCUCGCCCGCGGCAAAUCCAGCGGGCUUUCCGCCCCCAAGGGGCUGGAUAUGGAGCAGCUCGGGGCCGGCCAGGUACUGUUUCAGGGGAACAGCAAGCUCCAGUCGGCUUCCAAGAGGAAAGCGCAGAUUCACGACACCGAGGAAAACGCCACGAAGUUGGAGCAGUCGCUGAACUCCUUAGAGUCCAUUGAGGAGCAGAAGGCCACCGCACAGGGAGCCCUGUCCGCGAAGAUGCUACAGGCGCUGGCGUCUUCCACCGCGGACAAUGAUCUCCAUUUGGAUUCCCAAACCGCAAGGGUUUCCCUCACAAAAUCCGGAACCGUGCCCGGUGGUAGCGGGGAGAACUUCUCCAAAUCGCUACUCCCAGCCGCUUGGUGCGAGGAGUGGGAGUCAAAUCUGCCCGAUUACCCCAGAAUAGACUUCCCCCAGAAAAAAUCCGACAAGUGGACCAUCGACACGAUGCUGGCGAUGGUGAAACACUUCCAGACGAACGCGGCGCAACCCUUGCACCCUUUGCUCAUCAUGCGAUUAUUGCACGACGUGGAGAUCGUGAUGAGCAAAAAGUACCACCACGCCAUUCACCGGGCGACCAUUCCGAAGAAGUCCAUGGAGCAGAAAGCAGCGGAGGAGAACAAAGAUAAUUUGUUGAAGGGCGAUUUAACGCAGUUUUCCUUAUUGAACAAAAAAGCGGUCUCCACCCCGGGGAGAACCAUCGUCGUCGGCGACACGCACGGGCAGUUGGAGGAUGUGUUGUGGAUUUUCUACAAGAACGGGCUACCAAGUCCGAGCAAUGCGUAUUUAUUCAACGGGGACAUCGCGGACCGCGGAUUUUACGCCACCGAGAUUUUCGCGAUGGUGUUCGGCUUCAUGAUUAUGUACCCGAAUUCGGUGGACAUGAACCGCGGGAAUCACGUAUCCUGAGUAAAAACGUCCCCAUCCCAGAGUUGUCAUGCAGAUUUGCGAUUACAGGAAGAUUUGUAAUGCGCAUCUCCUUGAGAUGCAUUUCUAAUCGUGUUUUGGCAUUUGUAAUGCUGUAAACAGGAUUAGGGAACGGCUUUCUCAUGCGGCUUUACUUGCUAGCCAGCCCUACACUGCAUAUGGAAGCUUGUCAUGCAGAACUCCCCAAGCUGGGGGAUUUGUGUUGCAGACUUUCCAUCUGCACUAUGGUGUGGGGAGGUUUUUACAGAGGAUAUCACGAGGACGAAACGAUCAACUUAGACCCGCAUUGUGGCGGGUUUUAUGAGGAAAACAUCCAGAAGUACGGGGGGAAUAUCGGCUCCACAAUUUAUGAGUCCUAUCUAAAGGUGUACUCAAACUUACCGUUGGCGUCCGUGUUGGAGAAGCGAGUUUUCAUCGUGCACGGUGGCUUAUCGAGGGUAACGGACGGAAUGCUGAAGGUGCUCAGCGGCAUCGACCACCACGUGUCUUCCAUCCCCGAAUCACCAGAUAACACGGCGGACACGGUGUUUAUCGACGCCAUGUGGUCAGACCCAAUGGAGGGGAAAGGUAUGUGUUACUUUUUUUUUUUAUGAUGAAGAAGACUCUGACACUGACUCUGCUACUGCUUGGAUUAGAAAUUUUCUACGAAAUAACUCGAUGAACCUGUUGGAGGCAGGUGAACUCGAUCUACUGUCGCAAGCAGUGAUCUAGUAGGGCGCUAUCUUUCAUCAACAUCUGUAUGAGAUUUAUCUUGCAUGAAGACGACCUUGUCCUUGACUUCACCUCGAUCACACGACAGGUAUUGUGCCCUCGAAUCGCGGCCCCAGUCUCGUCCAAUUCGGCCCGGAUGUCACCAUGAAAUUCCUUCGCCAAAACGGCUUCCACUUAGUCGUCCGGUCCCACCAGCCUCCGCCCAACAAGGACGGCGUGUUUUUCCACCACGACGGGAGGCUGAUAACGGUUUUCUCGGCUAGUAACUACUGCGGCUGGUACGGCAACACCGGCGCGGUUUUGAUCUUCUCACCAGGAAAGGGGGAUACCAAAGCGAGCAGUCUCCCGACUAUUGAGAUAGUCCGGCAUUUCUCGCCGACCUUCGAUAUGCUGCAAAACGCGGAAAUCACGACCAACGACUUGCUCGCGAUGGACCAGGUAGCCAACCGCGCGAAGAACGCAACCAAUAUGGAACACGCGGCCAUCAAAAACAGCAGGCAAGAUCUGACCCAAAGGAUGGACAAGUUGAUCUUCGAAGUGAAAACGAGGUUUGCGCGAAUUCUAGUGGACAACAAACAGGCUUUAUGGAAAUUCUGGCUCGCGCACGAGAAGGACGUACUGAAUUGUUUUUUCGUUUAGAAGACGAUUAUGAUGUGAAUCCUGAGAGAUUAGUAGAUCCAUAGCAAAGAAAAAAGCACUACAGGCGUUGAUGCAGUGCUGUGUUUUAGCUUUGGAAGGUGGAUAAGCAUAAGUAUGGUGGUAGACGCAGACGUAGUGUAGCUUCUACGAUAAGAUCUACUUUAUCUGGCUCAUAUUGCCCAUUAGCAAUAGAAAUUUAGCAAAAGUUUCCAUUUCAAUUCUUCACAACAGGGCGACUACCUCACCCCGGCCACGAAGAACACUCCGCCUGGAUUGAUUACUUUCGACGCCUGGAAAGAGGGUAUUUCCAGUAUGGUGGGGUCCUGCGGCUCGGUGCUGCAGGGCAUCCCGUGGUCCCAGAUCAAAGACAUUUUGAAUAUCGAGGACCCGCACACGAAGCUGAUCGACUACCCUUUGUCCCUCCACCGGUUCCGAGUGGUGAUUCGGGAUGAAAUUCAGGCGGAAUCCGCCCUGCAGGACGUGCGGAAAUCUUUAGCCAUGCAGUCGACCUUGUUCCCGAAGAAAACCGUAGACGGGUCCGGCAACGUGAUGCGACACACCAACUGGAUGGAAAGCAUUCUUGCGCGGUUGUUUGAAUCUUUGCUCCUGGAAAACGUCCCCUGGCAGGAUCUAGUGCAGAAAUUCGCGCCCCCGGGCAGUUUAUCAACUGUAAAAAUGUCUGGGUCUGGAAGAACGCGCGAUCUGUCAUGCUGCUUUUCCAUGACCCAUGAGGUCUGGAAUGCAGGACCUAGCAUGACAGAUUCUGCGAGACCUUUCGAAUGCCUAUCCUGCAUGAGAAACUCCCUCCCGACUUGGUUAAAACUGGACGACUUUUGGUAAUCAUGCAACACAGAUUUUUGCGUGCUGCAGAUUUAGCAUGACAAGUUGCAAUCUUGAUCUUCCAGACCCAGACAUUUUUACAUUUGAUACAGUUCCGCGGCGUCAGGAGACUCCAAUUUACCCGAGGUGGACAUGGGAACGCUGCAGAAGGUGUUGCAAAGUUUGAGCCAGAAGGGGGCGUCCAGGGGCUCUCGGACCAACGCCUUGGUUACCAAGGAACAGGCCGCGUCGCUUGUCAGAACGCUCACGGGGUACGGCGGAAGCAGGGUAUAAUUUUGGUGACUUGAUGGACUUACUUUUGCGAAAAAAUGUAUGACUGUGAUGUAUGUUUGAUGCGAUGGAGUUAGAGAUGGAGUUCAGUCACUGUCGCUCUACGUCUGUUGUUGAAACAGAAAAGAUAAAGAUACAAAAAAACUACCUUGCAAAAACUAUUAUUCUAGAACAAAUUUUUCAUCCUCCUACAACAACCCUCACAGCACUCGGUGACGAACUUGAAGCCCUCCUCCGUUUCCCUGCUCGAGUUUCUUUCCCGCUUAGAGGUUUGCUACACCGGGUAUAACGUGCAACGCGUCCGCCAAAAGGUGGAAUCCGGCAUCAAGGAGGGUCCGGACGCGGAGCAAACCAUUAUGAAUCUGAAGUUUGGCACGUCCAUGGUGGCCACCUGUUUGCGGCUGAUCGGCCGCGAGAUUUACGCCGAGUCCGAAGACAGCAUCUCCGCGUCGAAGAACACUUUUCAAAUUUUCAAGGACGGGGACGUGGAUAAAGACGGGCUGCUCUCCCGCGCGGAAUUUCUGGAAGUCGUGGACCAGCUGCUGAUGACCUACAAAGAUUUUCUCAAAGACUACUUCCUGUCCGGAAAAUCCAAGUACAACGUGUCCAGCACCGGCGGGCCGGUGAAGCGCGGGGCUAAAUCCGAUUUGCCCGUGGCCUUGCUGGAGGACAUUUUCAAGGUGGUAGACGUGACCCGGCAGGGCAAAAUCUCCUACCUCGAGUUCCUCCACUGUUUCCAGCCGUCCGACCGCACGGACGACGUCGUGGGGUUAAGGGACAAAAACAAGGAGAAGCAGAGGACGCUGAAACACCUCAAGCACCCCGCGGAGGAGAUCCGGGUGGCGCUGAUGGAGCAGAUCUGCGGAGUAUUAUAUUCGAACAAGCAGGCGCUGCACAAAACCUUCCUCUUCUUCGACAAAAACAACAGUCGCAGCGUCUCGAAAGCGACGUUUUGCAAGGCGGUCAAGUGCUUGAACGUGAGCAUCAGUCUGAAGUCGCCACCCUUGACGAACGAUCAGAUCGAGAUGCUCGCCGACCACUGCGUGCUCAACAGCGACGACGAAAUUGACUACCUGGCGUUCUUAUCAAAUGUAAAAGUGUCUGGGUCUGGAAGAGUGGAACUUGUGAUGCGCAUUUCAGAACAUACAAAAAUCUCUGAUGCAUAGGCAGCAAAAGCUGCCCACUUUCUGUCACCAAAAUGGCGGAUUUGUCAUGCGGAUUCGGCAUUGCGGAAGCUUCUCGAAACCUGUGACGCUAGAGCUUCCAUGCCAGACCUUCUGUGUCAUGCAGAAACAGCAUGACUCUUCCAGACCCAGACACUUUUACAUUUGAUAGUUCUUAAACGCGCUCGUGGUGUGUGACAUGUACACCGGUGAGAUGUUCGACUGAUCCAGAAGUAGGAUGGUGUUGUAGUAGGAAGUUGUGUAGUGCGGGACCGGGCUGCACUGCAUAUCUUCAUUAUCAUUUCACGAUCUAGCUCUCGUUUCAUUAUUUUUUUUUCCAAUACGACUAUUUAGCUCUAUUUUGCGCAACUGCAUUUAUUUCAAUGGAUAUUACAACUCAAAAGUCGGGCGAUGAACAAAGGCGACCCGUUUAUUUCAAAUUUCUUAUUUUCAUCGUUUUUCAUACGUUAGUUUUUCUGUUUCUCUCUUUGUUUUCAUAACAUAACCGUCAACAUUCAAGUACGUUAGAAAUGUGUUUCAUUCAAAUAGACAUUGUAUCAUCGGUUUUUUUUACUUUUCUCAUUUUUUAGCAAGACACACUCGUCACAUUGACACUCAUAUUAAUUUCGCACUCCCAAAAAUAAAGGUAAAAGAGCUUGUUCUUCAGGCGUAAUAUUACAUUUCCCUAUUCAACGAACCGCCACCUGGUUCUCAUUUCCCUAACAGAUAGAAAAUCCCAAUCACAAAAGAACCUCUCCACAUCUGUACCCCAGAUCUGCGGAGGAUUUUCUUUCCCCCGCAUGAGAACUUUUCCUGCUGUCGAACGCACGGUUCAUCAAGCAACUUCCCCUUUGUGCUAGUUCACGUCGUAUUUUUACCUACAACUAAAAU